GCAUUGGCAGCUCUGCUUCAGACUGCUGCCUGAAGUACAGCCAGAGAACCAUCCCCAGCAAUGUGGUGAAGUCCUACAGCAUCCAGGGCCCUGAGACGGGGUGUUUGCUGAAGGCUGUCGUGUUUACCACCAAGAAGAACAAGAAAAUCUGCGCCUCUCCCAAUGACCUCGCCAUCCAGAAGCUGAUGCAGAACUUGGACAAGAAGGUCAGGAGGGACAAGGAGAAGAAAGAGGGACAGUCUCCACGUGCCAGGCGCAGAUCCAAGCGUCAGAAGCGGCAGCGGAUCUAA